AUGGCACCUCCAAGCCGUCGAUUCGGAAAAGCCCCCACAACCAGGCGCUACCUCGCGUUUCGCCAGCACAAACAGAAACAGCUUGCAAUUCAGCGCCAGCUCAAUGGCGAAACAGAAAAGGAGGAAGAUGAGGAAGUUGCAAAACCUGGGUACAAGAAGAUUAUCUCCUUCAGACGGCCAGGUUUGGUAGGCGGCACAUACACUAUCCAGGUUCAGCAAACCAUUUCGGAAGUCAAGCCGGCCGAGAAAGACGAGCCCAAGGAAGGCUACCCCAAAGGAACUGACUCAUCAUCUGAGCCGAAAUACGACCCAUCCAGGACCCUCAUCACAACACCAGUUGAACAAGAAUUCGAGGUCCUAGCCCCGCAAUUCGACCUCCCCACCGACUCAGUCUACUCCAUCUACCCCGAACAGGGCCAUGAAGCGACGCACGACACGCUUCCGCACAUUGUCCUCAACGACAGCACGCUACCAUGGGAGCGCAUCGGCAGUCAUCAAGCGGAGGAUCAUCCUCCCGAUGACUAUGCCAGGAACCGGGUGCCAUGGCUUGCGCUCAUGAUCUUUUCCCCGGACGAGCUGCGCCUGGAUGACACUGAGAAGGCGGGAAUCUUUGCGCAUACCAGCGUUAAGGAUCCUGCGCCGAAGCAGUUGGAGUCCAUGGCUGUCCGUGUUCCGCUGGGCGACCUUGUUAAUUUGAAGAAGGGGACAGCCACAGUCCCGCUUGGGGACUUCGAUAUCGACCAAGCGAGCAAACCCGAAACGAACGUGAUCUUUCCCAAGGCAUUCUUGUUCAACCGCCUGUUCGCGGUCUAUGACGAUGAUGGAAACCCACUACCGGGAGGUCCAGACAUCUCGCGACACCGGUUCCUGGCCCACGUUGUGCGGAUGAACACAACAGGUAUGGCGAAUGCCGACUCGGACGAGGUUGAUACUAUCAGGGAGUUCAGCAUCGUGGUUGCAAAUCGCAUCGGGCCCCUCGACGGUGAAAAAGCUUCUCAGAUGAUUGUCCACCUCGUAUCCCUCGAGAACGUGGAAUCCUUGGAGCCGUUGCCUCUCCCUGAGAUGGUGCCGGGAUCAUCGCCUAAGCAGCCUGCUCGCGUCGGGCUUAUAUCCCUCUACAGUUGGUCCUACACCUGCCUCCCGCCCAAUUCUCUCAACGUGAAGCAGGCCUUCGAGAACAUAGCCCUCACAUCACGCAUGCUCAAGCCCAUCAUUCCGGCCCAACCGGAACAUCUAGACGACGUAGCCAAGCGCAUGCUAAACCGGCUUGAAGACGGCUACACCCUCGUGCGCUCCAUCACGCCAACAGGUGAAACAACCGCCGCCCUCUUCCGCGGCCCGUUAACGCCCAACCUCAUCGCCCCUUUAAAAUGGGAUCUGCUCUCCAACACCGGCUCCGACCUCAACAUCUUCGACGAGAAACUGGGCAUCAUGGACAUCACCUUCUCCUCCGCCUGGUCGCUCGGCCGCACACUAGCCUUAGCCGAUCGUGCCUUCACCAUCUCGCUCACGCGCGUCCGCCAUGAGAUCCUGGACCGAGGAACCAGCACCGCUCGGCGGAAGAUGCUGCGAGCGACGCACCGACAGAGCUACAAGCGCGAGGACCUCGUCACAUCUCUUGACAGCCUGAUCAAGGAGACCAUCGCCAUGUCGCGGUCGGCCGACGAAGCCCGUUGGGCACAGCCGGCUAGCGCUUUACCUCCUGACUUGUCAUGCGCCUCCAUCAGUCCCUUCACCGAGGCAGCCAUGGAGGAAGCGGCGUUUGAAGUGGCUAAGAGCCUUGCUCCCGCCAAUGGAAGGGGGGGUUGGAAGGCGACGUGGGACAAGGACACGCCGCCCUAUGACGAGCACAACGAGCCCGCCUCGCCCGACUGGAUGAUUGUCCUCCGCUUCGUCUUGGACUUGUACUACCUCGUUAACGUCCCGUCACACUACCUUAUGCCUGAUCAGAGCCUCGUACCCCGCGAGAGCCUCCGCUUCUUUUUCGUUGAUCACAACUGGAUCGAUGCGACAGUUGACGGUGCGCUAAGUCUGGGCAAUCAGGGCGGCCCGGGAAUGGCCGAUCAGAAAGAGCACGAGGCGGAUGAUGUCGUGCGGAGAGUAAUCAAGAAGACCAUCAACCGAUUGUUCACAGAUCCCGCGUGCCAUCCUCCCGCCAUUCCUCGGUAUGGGUUCUAUCUCCGCUCGGCCGUCGCUGCACAGUUUCCCGAUCUCAAGGUUUCGGUUGAGGUCACGGGCGCUUCUAGCGGGGAUCCAUAUUUGUUGCGGCACGACAUGAUUGACAAAGAAACCAUGCUGGGAUUCUUCAGUGGCGCGCCGCUGAAAGACGGACUGCAUGGACUGAGGUUUGAGCUGCCUGCGCAUCAGCAGUACUUUUCCUUGGGUAGCGUAACAGACCAGCAGCUUGAGGUGGCAUACAAAAGACAGUACACGCAACCCAAUGUGGAAGACAAAUUCAGAAACGCCCCAGUGGCCACCAUUAAGUGGCCCCUGGACGGCAAGGGAAAGUCGAAGAACGGCGCCGACACAAGAGAACGGAGCCGGGUGCUUGUUAGGGGAUCUCGAUAUGGUUUGAACGAUGUUCGGUUGGUGCUCAUGGAGAAGCUGGCGGCUGAUGUACACACCACGUUGCUCGAGGAGAUGGCGAAGCUGGAUCCCACUCAUCACUCUUCGGACUGGUAUAAGGACACGACUGCCACUUCUGCGAUGAUGGCCUACCAGCUGAACAGCCCCUCCUGGCAGCUGCAAAUCGGGGAGAUGAAGGCGAACGCUUUCAACACAGCCGAGACCAAGGCAAUGGUAGAGAGUAUCUCUGGGUGUCUCUCCUACCGCGAGGCACCCCCGUCUUCCCUUGCUAAGACUCUGGAUGCAAACACGUUGCUGCCACCAAAGACUCAGUCCUCUAUUUCAGCUGUCGCUCAACGAGCUAUGCAGCGCAGAACUGCUGGCCGGCCACCCCAUGCCCUCUGGAGAUUGAGGCGGUCAGAGUCUCUUCUCUCUCCUGUACCUCCACGCUCACCAUCACAAUCGUCAUCUUCCUUCUCCUGGGAAGGCAUUCCCCGAUCAGCCUUGAGCAACAGUCCCAGCCAUGACGAUUGGGACUCGGACGGUUUCGAGCUUGUUCCCAGACCUCAUAUUCAACUUCCGUGGGAACCUACGCCGGUUGACCCUCAAGUUGGUCUUCCGGAGUUUGACUACCACGUCUCAACGACCAACGCGCCCGCAGUGCAGAAGAUCCCAAUUCUGGCGACCAAGCAAGACCUGAUCUUCUCGAUUGUAUAUUCUGGGAAGGGCGAGUACUUCAGCCUGACGAAACUGACCAUCGACAUCCCAAUCACGUCAAAUAAUGGGCAGUCGGCAAUGUUGGAGGCGAAGUUGCCAGUUGAUGCCCACGUGCACAUGGUGUCCAAUCUGCGGUUCAGCGCUCGCAUGCUCUACUCGGGCAUGAACAAGGAGCUGCAGAUCGAGAUCAAGCCGCGCAGCCAGAAGGGGCGAAGUAACGGCGUCAAAUUAGCGGACUGGAUAGGAAAGUGGAAGGGACAGGAGGACAACGGAGAGGAAAACACAUGGGCGGCGAGGACCGAGUUGAGCGUGGUGCUGUAUAAUGUGUACGUGAAGCGGUACAACGUCAGCAAGGAUAAAGAGAUGCCUUGUAAGGCAGUCGCUAAAGCCUAUUACGCGGGAGCUUCACCUGAGCGCCCUGCUGAUGUGAUAGAUGUUGUGUUGGUGGGAGUGUGA